AUUAUUUCAUCAUCUCCUUGUGAGGACGACAUAUCUGAUUUGUUACUUAGAGAUGUCGCUCAAAAUGCCGGGAAGAUAUCUGUCGGAAGAGCAAUUGACGGGAUUUGGUCGUUAUAAAUAUUGCUCAGUGGACACCAGCCCUGUCAGCAACUAUGUUAUGCAUCCAUUUUGGAAUAGUGUGGUUAAGCUUGUUCCACCCUGGAUAGCUCCAAACCUACUAACUUUUGUUGGGUUUUUAUUGACGGUUACAAAUGCUCUGUUACUGGCCUUCUAUGACUAUAGUUUCUGUGCCUCAAGUGAUGAUUAUCCAAAUUACCCCCCAAUUCCUUCCUGGGUGUGGAUUGUGUGUGCUGUAAACCAUUUCCUAGCCCAUACUUUAGAUGGAAUUGAUGGGAAGCAUGCUAGAAGAACUAACUCCAGUGGACCUCUUGGGGAGCUCAUGGAUCAUGGCAUGGACAGUUGGGCCUCUCUCUUUAUGCCUACAUGCUUGUAUUCUGUCUUUGGCUGUGGGGAUUUCAGCUGCAGUCCUCUACGUGUCUUCUUUAUUUUAUGGAAUGUUCACAUCUGUUUUUUGCUUUCACACUGGGAGAAAUACAAUACAGGAAUCCUUUAUUUACCUUGGGGCUAUGACAUAUCACAAUUUGUGUUGCUGAUGGCUUAUAUUAUCACCUAUUUCAAGUCAUACAAAUUUUGGAAGUUUUUAGUCCCAGCUAUAAAUCUCAGUAGUGGAGAAAUUGUUGAGAUGUCUCUGUAUAUUGGAAGCUUUGGAAUGUCUUUUCCAGUGAGUUUAUACAAUAUUUACACAGGCUAUAAAACUAACACACUUAAACAGAAAACAUUAUAUGAAGGUAUGCGUCCCCUCUUUCCUGUUACCACUUUCUUAAUUAUGACAACUCUGUGGGCAGUUUUCUCUCCAAGUGACAUCAUUAACAAAGAUCCCCGAAUCUUUUACUGGAUGGUUGGGACAGUAUUUUCCAACAUUUGUUGCCGUCUCAUCAUCAGCCAGAUGUCUAUGACUCAGUGUGAAGCAUUUAACUGGAUGUUGUACCCUGUAGGACUAACAAUGGGAUUGGUGUUUGGUGUUCCAUUGUUUACCCAGAGAGAAAAUCUUAUGGUGUGGAUUCUAACUAUCUUCUGUAUCCUGGCCCAUAUAUACUAUGCUGUUUGUGUUGUGCAAGAAAUGUGCCAACAUUUUGGUCUCAGGUGUUUUUCCCUGAAAAAAUCAUCUCAAGAUUGACAAUUAGCAGACAAUGUGUGAAAGUUAAGAAGCAAAUUUUGUGGCCAGUCUUCAGGUUCCAAUACCAUUUAAGAAACUUGUCUACAGAUUGUGGAACCCACUUGUAUUUAUCUUACGAAUAUCAUAAAGUGUUAUAAAACUAAGAAGACCCACAA